UGUCACUUGUCAGUUGUCAUUGUCCAACUGCGUUCAGCUACCGUGUUCAUACUAUCUAUAAUCGGGGAUAAUUAUUAUCAAACAAACAGCUAACUCGCUCUCCACCGUGCAAUUACUCAAAAUAUCAGUAUAUUUCCCCCCGACACACACAUCUGGUUAAAAUCUUCACUUCGUAUCAAAAUCAUUUUCCGCCCCUUUUUGUUUAACUGAGGGUUUAUUCACCCCGUUCGUGCCUCCACCCCACUCGAUCUCACGCAACCGCCACAAGCCCACCCUCCGCGCCUGGUACCGAAAGUGACGUUUUUCAAUAAAACACUGCGUGUCUCAAAUCCGUUUAUUCUCCCAAAAGCCUCAGUAUGGUGGACGACAAAGUCGAGAUGAACAACGACACCGAAUCCUUCACCUCCGCCAACACCAACGACCCGAAGAACGUACAAGAAUUAACCCAAUACGUCCAGGGGCUGCUGCAGACCAUCCAGGACAAGUUCCAGAACAUGUCGGACCAAAUCUUGACCCGAAUCGACGAAAUGGGCAACAGGAUCGACGAUUUGGAGAAGAACAUCGGAGAUCUGAUGACUCAAGCUGGAGUGGAAGGGGCUGAGAAAUGAAGCUCUUGUAGCGAUAAGUCUUAAGUUAUAAUGCGAUUUUGUUAAUAAAUUAUUAGUAGUA